AUGGAGCUCCGUUAUGCGCUGCUAUUUUCCGGCCUUAUUAUUAUUCCACUGUGCAGCUCGGACUCCGAUGUGAGCAGCCACUUCGUUUUGGAGCCCUAUGAUUUCCUCUUCGACAAGGCGGUGGAAGCCUACUACAAGGGGGACUGGUUGACCGUGGUUCUGAACAUGGAGAAGGCGCUCAGGAACAAAGCUACGGUCCGCAACGUGAAGGCUCAGUGCCGCCUGACCUGCGCCAACCAGACCUCCUUCGGUGAACGGCUGUCCGGCCUGGGAGUUCCCAUCCCGGGGGCCGGGUCCGUGGAGGACCUGGGAUUCUUCCAGAAGAUCCUGAAACGGGCGGACUGUGUGAACUCCUGCGAGACCGAGAAACUGGGUUCCCCGACUCUGCAUCAAGUCACUGCAGACGUGGAGCUGGAGUUUAAAAAGAGGACCCCGUAUAAUUACCUGCAAGCUGCAUACUUUAAGAUCAAUAAGCUGGACAAGGCGGUGGCCGCUGCACACACGUUCUUCGUGGCCAACCCGGAGCACGCGGAGAUGAAACAAAACCUGGACUACUACAGGAUGAUGGCGGGAGUUCAGCCAGAGGACUUCAAAGAUUUGGAAGCCAGGCCCCAUAUGGCCGAGUUCCUGCUGGGGAAGAGUUACUACAGCGACGAAUCAUUCGGCCUGGGUGCCGAUCACUUCGAAGUGGCCAUAAAUGAGUACUUCACCGCCGAUAAGGAGUGCAGAGCGCUGUGCGAGGGAGCCUACAACUACGACGGGUACAACUACAUGGAGUACAGUGCAGACCUGUUCCAGACCAUGACAGACCACUACAUGCAGGUACUGAACUGUAAGCAGCACUGCGCGGUAGAGUUGGCUUCAACUGCUGGCAAAGACAAGCCCUUCGAGGACUUCCUCCCCUCGCUUUUCAACUACCUGCAGUUCUCCUACUACAACAGUGAGAAGUACGCACAGGCCAUAGAGUGUGCUAAGACCUUCCUGUUGUUCCACCCGGCCGACGUGGUGAUGAACCAGAACCUGGCUUAUUAUUCUGUAGUGCUGGGCGAAGACAAGGCAGCGACCAUACACGCCAGACAGGUAGUGAAAGAGUACAUUCAGCAGUCCAUCCUGGAAAAAGAGAUGCUUUACUUUGGAUACGAGGCCUUCGGAAUCACAUUUGUGGAUCCAGACGCAUGGACUCCUGAAGAAGUCAUGCCUAAGAAACUGAGAGACAAGCAGAAAGCCGACAGAGAAACUGCUGCGAGGAUAACAGAGGAAAUAGGAAACCUAAUGAAGGAGAUUGAGACUCUGGUUGAGGAGAAGAAGAAGGAUUCCUCAGAUCUUGCCAUAACAAUAACGCAGCCAGAAGGUGGGGCUCUGCUGUAUGACGACAUCACGCUUACCAUGACGUCCAAGCAGCUGAACGGCUCCCAGCGGGUGCUGCUGGACGGGGUGAUCAGGGAUGACGAGUGCAGGGAGCUGCACCGCCUCUCCAAUGCAGCUGCUCUGAAAGGUGACGGCUACAGCGGGCGCCCUUCGCCCCACACCCCCAGCGAGAUGUUCCAGGGAGUCACUGUCCUGAAGGCCGUGAAGCUCGGACAGGAGGGGACGGUACCACUGAAGAGCGCUCGUCUCUUCUUCGACGUCAGCAAGAAGGUGAAGAAGGUGCUGGAGUCGUACUUCCUCCUGGAAACGCCGCUCUACUUCUCCUACUCCCACCUGGUCUGUCGCUCCGCCAUCGACGAGAAGCAGGAGGACCGUAAGGACCUGAGUCACCCUGUCCACGUGGACAACUGUGUGCUGGUCUCCGAGCUCAACAAGUGUUUAAAGGAACCUCCUGCAUACACAUACAGAGACUACAGCGCCAUCCUGUAUCUAAACGAUGACUUUGAGGGAGGAGAUUUCAUUUUCACUGAGUUGGAUGCUAAAACGGUUACGGCCGUGGUGCGUCCACAGUGCGGCCGCGUGGUCGGGUUCGGGGCGGGGCGGGAAAACCCCCACGGUGUCAGAGCCGUCACCAAGGGCCAGAGGUGCGCUGUGGCGCUGUGGUUCACCCUGGAUCCAGCUCACGAGGAAAAGGAGAGAAUCCAAGCUCAGGAUAUGCUGAAGACGUUUUCGACCCCUGUGAAUGAGGAGUUCAUCCAAAAAGAGGCGAGCGACACCGCCAAGCCCCAGCUGACAAAAGGCGAACCUCCCGCGCAGGCCGAGCAGGAAAAAGCAGACGAUAAGCAAGAAGAUCAACCGGCGGAGCAGAAGCCGGACGCGCCCGCGGACGUGCAGGCCGACAAACCAGCCGACUCGCCAACGGACAAACUGGCGGCUAAACCGGUCAGCAAAACUAAAGCCAAAGCCGCUCCAAAAGCCAAGGCCAAAGCCGGAGCCCAAGCUAAGACCAAGACGGCGGGCAAAGUCAAACCUGCGGCUAAAAAAGAUGCAAAGCAGACAGUUAAACCACCAGCCAAGCAGGCAGUCAAAAAGGACGCCCAACCAGCGGCGAAAAAGACAGUAAAAGUUGCCGCCAAGACAGCUAAAGCCGACACCGCGUCGGCCUCGGACCCUCAGAAGGGCAAGGAGGAGCUGUGACCAAAACAGCACCUGAGACUGUGUCUGAGUGCUGUUUAUUUCUCUAUUUUUUUCUACUAUUUCUGAGAUGGUCCUCUCUGUGUGGGUGGUUGAAUGAAAACGGAAGGAAA